AUGGCUCUACACCCGCCUCCUGAGACUUCCAAGCUCAUUUUCGCCCCCGCGGGCUCCAACACCAACGGGCAGGCCGAUCAAUUCACAAAGGGCACGCUCGUCCGCGGCGACCUUGACGCCUCGCCCAUCACGCAGUACCACGCCUGGUUCUCGCAAGCCCACAAGCCCGGCUCGGGCGUCGCGCACCCGGAGGCUUGCACGCUGUCCACGGCGUCGCUGCCGUCGGGCCGCAUCUCGUCGCGCACCGUCUACCUCAAGGAGCUGGACGCCCGGGGCUUCGUCGUCUACACCAACCUGGGCACCUCGCGCAAGGCCGCCGACAUCGCCUCCAACCCGCGCGCCGCCCUGCUCUUCUUCUGGGAGGCCCUGCAGCGCCAGGUCCACGUCGAGGGCCGCGUCGAGCGCCUGACCCGUGAGGAGAGCCAGACGUACUACUCGACGCGCGCACGCGGCAGCCGCAUCGGCGCCUGGGCGAGCCGCCAGAGCCAGGUGCUGCAGCCGCAGGGAGCCGACGGCGACGACGGCCGCGCGCAGCUCGAGGGCUGGGUGCGCGAGGUCGAGGAGCGCUUCGACGGGACCGACGAGAUCCCCGUGCCUGAGUUCUGGGGCGGGUUGAGGAUUGUGCCCGACCGCAUCGAGUUCUGGCAGGGGAGGGAGAGCAGGCUUCACGAUCGGUUUGUGUAUGAGAGGGAGGGCGAGGGUGAUGAGUGGAAGACGCAGCGCUUGAGCCCGUGA